AUGGAUCGGACGGACAAGCUGAGAGUCGGGUCGUGGAACGUGUGCGGGUUCGCAAGGAGUGAGCGCAAGCGGUUGGAAAUAGUGGACCAAGUAGAACAAAGCGAGCUAGAUGUAGUGGGGAUCCAAGAGAGGUGGGAAUUGAAGAAUGGGGACGUGGUGAGCAAACUAGGGAAAUACCGGUGGGUAGGGAAGGCAAGAAAGGGCUUAGACCCGAAGAAAAGGGGGGAGGGGGGAGUCGGAUUCCUGGUUAAGGAACACUUGGUUGACGUGGUGGAAGUAGAGGUGAAAACGGAGUUCGAGGAAAGCCUAUGGCUUAAGAUACCUGGGGAGCGGGGUGAGAAAGACUUGUUUCUAGGGGACGUAUGCGUCCCACCGUCGUCGAAGAAAGUCGCAACCAAGGCGCAGGAGAACUUUCGACAAAGUGGGGAAGAUGUCCAGAGGUUCAGUAGGAAGGGAGAAGUUGUCAUGGUGGGCGAUUUCAACUCCAGAGUAGGGAAAGCUUCCAGUAGAGGACAGGCGAUCGGGCAGCACGGAGAAGACAAAGUGAAUGACAACGGAGUGAGGAUGCUUGAAUUCUUGGAAAGCAACCAACUGAUGGUGUUGAACGGUAGGAGGAAAUGCGAUAAGCCGGAAUUCCCCAGGCAACGGGCAGUUUGCAAUGAAUACUCAAUCAUCGACUACAUCCUGGUAGAUAGGGGGAGCACGCAGAUCCCAGAGCUGCACGUAAGUGCGAUAGAAAAAGGUUCGACCGACCACUUCCUCGUAUGGGCAAAUAUCGACCGAUCUAGAAAGAUGGAGGGUAAGAAACACACGAAAGUGUUCCGGUGGAAAGUAGAGCGUUUGGGAGACGAGGGGACACGGGAUGAAUUCCAGAAGGGACUGGCUGGUAGUGUAGAACCCUUCAGGAAACUGCUGAGAAGCGUCGAAGACGGACAGGUAGACGUACAAGCAUCAGGGGACAGGGGGAUUGAAGGGUGGGAGUCCAUCGUGAACGCAACGGCAGAGAGAGUAGUGGGAAGGAAGGUGGUACGAUGUGGGGUAUCGGUUAAGUGGUGGGAUGACGAGCUGGAAGAAGAAAUACGGGAACGUAGAGAAGUCUUCAAGCAGUACCUGAGUGAGGCGUCUGAGGAGAGUUGGGAAAAGUACAGGGCCAAGAGAAAACAGGUGAAGGGACUAGUGAGAAAGAAGAAAAAGUGUAUUUGGGACGAAGUAGUGCAGAAGGCCAACGGAGGUCUGGAGGGAAACGUCAAGCAGAUGUGGGAAGGGAUUAGUGGAAUGAAGGCCAACGGAGGCCUGGAGGGGAACGUCAAGCAGAUGUGGGAAGGGAUUAGUGGAAUGGACACUACAAGAGACUUGGAGUGCCCUCGGAGAAUGAAGCUUUUGACCAAGCGUUUANUGUGGGAAGGGAUUAGUGGAAUGGUAAAAAAGACCGCGCAAGGGGGGAAGACGGGGGUAGCAACUUUGCGAGAGUGUACGAAAAGCGCGGUCAUGCUAGAGGGAGAACUGUCAAAAUUCUUCGACAUUGAGCAGGGGGUCCCACAAGGUUGCACGCUGUCCCCAACAUUGUUCCAGGUGUUCAUCAACGAUCUGUUGGAAGUCGUAGAGGCAGUCCGGAAGGGAGUAAAAGUAGGGGACACGGAAACGUCGGUUUCAGGAAUGCUGUUUGCGGAUGAUUUUGUCGGUAUGUCGGACACCCCUGAGGGACUGCAACUGCAAAUUGACGCGGCGAAGAAGUUUACUGAUAAGUGGAGAUUGUCUGCCAACGUUCAGAAGAGUGCCGUCAUGGUAUGCAACGAGAACAAGGAGGAACCAGUAGAACAUAGAUGGAAGUGGGGGAUCGAGGAGAUUGCAGUAGUGGACCAGUACACAUACCUCGGAGUAGAGAUCGCUAACGACUGCUCGUGGAAUGCACACAUGUCCAAGGGGCUCGACAUCGACGAAGAUGAAACGCUGGAAACGGAGGGUCUACAGGGGUUCAAGGAGAAGAUAUCUGUUGCUUGUGCCGAGAGAGAAGAACAGAAUCUGAGGAAAGAAUCCAAGGAUAAGGAGGGUCUAGAAGUGUACGGAAUGUUGAAGGAAGGAAUAGGGUUCAAGGACUACCUACAUGGACCAAUGGAUGCAGGAACAAAGCUUAAGGUCAAAUUCAGGACCGGGGACAUAGGCCUUCGAGAACGUCGACGAAGACAUAGGACGGUAGACGAGGAAGACGACGAGUUCAAAUGUGAUUGCGGCUUCGAAUGCGAAGACCGUGUUCAUGUAGUCGCGGAAUGUCCGUUGUACAAGAAGGAGAGGGAAGUGUACGUGACUGAGCUGGGAAAAAUAGAUGGAACGUACAGGGAGAUGUUUGAGGCAUGGAAUAGAGAGGAAAGGACGGUAGCUGUAGUGGGGCGUAGGAGAAUGGGAGACAUGUUGGAGGGGAAACAAAAGAUCAGCGAAGCACAAGCUGGAUUUAGACCAGAUCAUAGUUGUGUAGACCAUGUAUAUACGUUGAGUAAAAUUAUCAUAGGUAGGAAAGACGCCGGGCGUACGACAUACUGUUUGUUCCUAGAUGUACAAAUAGCCUACGACACCGUUUGGCGCAAUGGAUCGUGGAAAAAGAUGUGGGACAUAGGGAUCCAGGGGAAAAUGUGGAGGGUGUUGAAAAAGUUGACAGAAUGCACAAGAAGUGCAGUGAUGUUGAAUGGGGAAAUCUCGAAGUACGUGGAUGUACUCCAAGGAGUCGCACAGGGCUGUACGAUGUCACCCACUAUUUUCAAGAUUUACACCAACGACUUGAUAAAGGCGGUUGAAGCAGAUACAGAUCUCCGAGAUAUCAGAGGGGNCCCCCCUUCCCCCCUCCCCCAACUCUUUGGCAAAAUGAUAAACAACAAUAGAAUGGGAGACAUGUUGGAGGGGAAACAAAAGAUCAGCGAAGCACAAGCUGGAUUUAGACCAGAUCAUAGUUGUGUAGACCAUGUAUAUACGUUGAGUAAAAUUAUCAUAGGUAGGAAAGACGCCGGGCGUACGACAUACUGUUUGUUCCUAGAUGUACAAAUAGCCUACGACACCGUUUGGCGCAAUGGAUCGUGGAAAAAGAUGUGGGACAUAGGGAUCCAGGGGAAAAUGUGGAGGGUGUUGAAAAAGUUGACAGAAUGCACAAGAAGUGCAGUGAUGUUGAAUGGGGAAAUCUCGAAGUACNUACGCGCCGACACCCCAAACACGAUAUCGUGGAGUCAGCUGACGUCAGUAGGGAAAGGUUCGGGAGGGCGGUUUUUGCCCGCGCGUGCCAAGGAGAUCCAGGUAGUGGUCUGUAACGAAGACAAGAAAAAUCCCGUAGAAUGCAAAUGGAAAUGCGGGGAGGAAGAACUACCGGUAGUUGACAGGUAUACGUACUGGGAGUAG